ACUUUGAAGGUCAUCUGAAAGUGAUAACUUGACUAUAGUAUGCCGAGACAGCGUUCAUGCACCUCGAUUGAGGGCAAAUCAAAACCGAUUAGCAAAGAUUUUUUUAACAAGCAAUACAAAUCUCUGAAAACAUAUAUUAGAAGUACAGGCUCACAUCCUGUCUUGAAUUCAGAGCCAUGUGUAUCACAAAAUCCUAUCGUUUCAGGAUCUUCUACCACGCCAACCUUGAAAAAAGGAGUUUUUUUGCAGGAUGAUAGUGGAAAAAUUAUCAGUUUGACGAAGUCAAAGAAACACACUUUAUCAGAUGGAAGUAAGCUGAUUUCCGAUUCUAAAGGUCGGCUUAUUUUGGAUUUAUCCUCUAUGGGCCUUAUCAGUGUGUCUCCUGGUAUUGGAAAUCUUAAUGACCUAAUAGAACUUUUUUUGUAUGACAACAAAUUGACACAGCUACCUCCUGAAAUUGGACACCUAAGCAAUCUUCAGAGAUUAUGGCUGCAAGAAAACUCUUUGACAAUUCUACCAGACGAACUUGGGUGUUGUUCAAAACUAACUCAUCUUGAUAUUAGACACAACCGACUUGAUGGAUGCAUUCCAUUUGUCCUGUCAAAGCUCAUGUUCAUGAAGCAGCUUUAUUUGACCUACAACAAGUUGACCGAUAUUUCCACCGUCGGUAAUUUAUGUCAUUUGCAAACUUUAGUAGUGAAAAGUAAUCAAUUACAGGGACCCAUUCCAGAUUGUAUUGGUAAUCUUACACAACUGAGAACUUUGGAUUUGUCAAAGAAUCGUUUGACCAAAAUUACUGAAUACAUAGGUAAUUGUAAAUUAUUAUCUCGUUUCCUUGUGGAUUAUAACCAAAUCGAUGAAUUGCCGAAAUCAAUUGGUCAGUUAUCAGAACUCACUGUUUUAGGAAUAAAGUAUAAUAAUCUAACAGAACUUCCAAUUGAGAUAUGUAGUUGUGAAAAGUUGACUGAGUUCAACAUUGAAGGAAAUCAUGUAACACAAAUGCCAGAGAACUUAAUUUGUAAACUGAAAGAUUCUCCAUCUAUUGUGCUAUCUCGCAACGAUUUUACAUCUUUUCCGACUGGUGAUCCCAUACAGUAUAAAAACGUUAAGCAUUUCAGAUUAGAUUAUAAUCGCCUGGAAUCAUUUGAAGCAGAUUUAUUUUCAGAAAAUACUCAGCUAACCACAUUGAAGUUAUGUAACAAUAAUAUUAUGACCUUAGACUUCAAAGGAAUCGAAAGAUUGAAGCAUCUUGUUGAGUUGGAUUUAUCCUAUAAUCAAAUCAGCCAUCUACCUGACUCAGUUGGUGAGCUAAUAUCAUUGGAAAUACUAGAUUUAACUAGUAAUCGCUUAGAGGCACUACCAAAUAGAAUCGGUGAACUGGUUAGUUUAGUACAACUAGAGUUGGAGUCGAAUCAAAUCACAUCACUUCCUUUAACUAUUGGACAACUAUGUCAACUACAGAUACUUAAUUUAGAUGUAAACAAUUUAUCUAGACUUCCUUCAACUGUCGGAAAUCUGAGCAAUUUGAAGAAACUUAAAGUGAGGGAAAAUCUUCUUCAACGUUUACCACCUGAAAUUGGGAAACUCAAAAGUCUAACACAUCUUUACUUGGCAAAUAAUAAGCCACUGGAUUUACUUCCGAUUGAAUUAGGAAUACUACCCUGUCUGCGUUAUCUUAGCAUUGAGGGUUGCAAUCUUAGACAAAUGCCUGCUGAAGUAACAAAAGGUGGAUCCAACUCUGUCAUCAAAUACUUACGUGACCUUCUAUGUGUUCAUUCUCGAAUCUGCCAAACCUCUGCAACAUAACCAUCUAUUAUCUUCAUAAAAAGAGCUUCAGAUCAAUGUGCCUGAAAAUCAUUCCCGUGUAAAUUCUUCACUUUUGACUACUGAGAAUUAUUUUGCGACUUAGCACAAUAAUGUAGUUAUCUAUUCAUUUAAUUCUAUAUUUUGCCCUAUCCAUCUUCAUUCUGAGAAUUUUCAAAGUGUAAAAGGUUUAUUUUCUAAGUUUUUAUUUCUUGUUGGCUUUUUAUUUAUUUUUAGAAUAUUUUUUUUCAUCAAUUUCCUGAAAUUUUUAUCAGAGUUAUCUUUUGGACUACUGAUCAUUUGUAAGUAGUUGUUAUUUGUUUAUCAAAAGUUCAGAUUAUUAUAAGUCAGAUCUUAUUUAUAAGAGUUACAGAAGCAUAAACAGAAUGCUUCUCAGUGGUAAUAUUUGAUGAAUAUAACUGGUUUAUCUGUGCUUUAACUCACAUGUUUCAAAUCAUAUUCAGUAUUUCUGAACGUGAUCAAUUUCAAUCUGAAUUUUAUUCAUUAUAAAACUUAGCCAACCACAAAUAACCUGAAAUAAAAUAUAACUGGUUCACUCAUUCAGUGCACGUAAUAGGUCAG